CUUACGACUUACGAUAGUCCUUCUUAUGUUAUUUAUAUUAAGUUAUUAACAUUUUUACUUUUGUCAUUGUCAUAGUCCUAGUCGGUAAUCCCUUAUUUUAGUGCGUUUUGCUAGUAAACCAAUGAGGCUAAGUGCAUUGGACAGUACUAAGACUUACUAGUAAGUAUCCCCCCCCCCCUUUUUUUUUAACUCCAAAAUUUAUUAGAGUGUAGUCAUUAAAUUAAAGCUAUUUCUAACUCUAAAAGUAAUACCCCAAGACUUAUGAUAAUUAAUAUUUUUAAAAUUUAUAAUAAAUGACAUUUAAGGAAAGACCACAAAUUAGUAUAAAUUCAAAAUAGCAUCAAGCCUAUAUAGAAUCAUAAUUGACUCAUAUUAUAAUUAUAUUGAAUAAUAUAAUUAUUAAUUUAAUGUCCUUAUUGACUUAUUGCCUUAUUACUUAUUAAAAAAUUAGUCAACCACUUAAGUUUUACUGCAGACAGCUACAUUUUAUAAAAAAUAUCCUCCUAGUAGUGCUUGCUAACUAUCCUGCAUCUAUAACUUUGCAUUAUACAAGUAUAUUAAUAAUUCUAUGGGUCUCAUGGUGUUUUAAAAUACUAUUUCUUUGAACUAACUCUAAAUUUUUUCACCUUAAAUUCUUAGAGAGAUUCAAUAAAACCAUCGCGGAGGGUCACUUUAUAGAUAUGCGAAUGGGGAAAACGCGCGGGCCGCAUUAACACUAAACUUUGCUGUCAUGUAGCGGGCCACAAAAUAUGAUCUUACGGUCAGCAAAUGACCCGCGGGGGGCACGUUUGAGACCCCUGAUGUAAUGUGAUGUUGUAAGCUUUAGAUAGGCUAUACUAUAUUAAAUAAUAUGCUUUAUCAUUUUAGAGUGAACUUAAGUUUAAUUCUUGUAUCAGCAAGUAUAUGAAUUCUUAUUUAUAGGUCGGUCCAUCCAUUUUGCACUAUUUUUAGAAGUUAUUGAUCUUACUUAAAAGCUUUAGGAAAGGGCCAGUGUUUUGAUUAAUAAUGUCAGUAAAUUGUAAUCGUAAAACUAUGCACCUUUCUACUUCUACCUUUUUUGCAUGUUUUUUGUUGGGUUUUUUUUUUAAUUUAUAGAUAAUGAUGGAUACUGCUCAAGAUGGAAACAUUCCACUUAAUGAGGUGUUAAAUGACUCAGAAAAGGAUAGCAGUGAUAAAGAACCUUUUAGCUCACUCACUUACAAGAAGUUUAAUGACUGCAUUUGCAGCAAAAUACAAGUACAUGACUCAGACUUUUACACUCAAAACUUUGAUGCUGACCACACAAGUAUUUCUCAUUGCUCAGAUGCAAGUGCUUCUUUCAGAGAUCAGCAAAAGGGCACACAAGGCAAAUAUUAUGCAAUGUCCAAUUUAAGGGAUGCUAUUUCAGGAGAAAGAGAAAUAAAAGAAGUUAAAGGUGUGCCAUUGUUCACUGACAGAACAACACCAAUGUUGCAAGCUAUUUCUUUCAUUAAAUUUGAUUGGCCCUCCUCACAUGCCAUGGAACAUACAACCAAUGUGCAUGUUCAUGAGGUCGGUUUCACCAAUCUACAGGUUAAAUUAAUGGAUGCAAUACAUAAUGAUGACACAGAAAUUGUCAAGGAUUUAUUAAUGGUUAGAAGAUUAAAUCCAAAUUUUAAUCUUCAAAUGGUCAGUCCUAUUUGCCGCGCAGCAGCCAAAGGAAAUGUUGAGAUAAUGAAUCUGUUGUUAGAUGCUGGUGCAGAUCCUAACACACCAAACAGUGAUGACCUUCUGUGGGAAAGACGUCCCAUACAUAUUGCUGCUUCUAAAGGCCAUCUUUGUGUUCUCAAGCUUCUGGUGCAGCGUGGUGCAAGCAUCAACCAGCCUGACAGUGAUCACAGGACACCACUUCACUGGGUGGCCAUGUAUGGACAAUCUCACAUGAUAAAGGUACACAAUUCACGAGUCCUAGAGUUGCUACAAUUUUUUUUUAUUGCAGUGGUUUUUAAUCUUCUUUUUUAUUUUUCUGUGCACUCAAAAUAGUUGUUAAAUAUAAUUUCACGAAUCAUUGAAUUAUUAUGAUAAUAUCAAAAGAUACUUGUAUUGUGAGGAACAGCUUCUGAGCAGAUUAGUAUAAUUAAUUUUAUUUAUAUAUUAGAUUAAAUGUUCGUAAUAUCAUAGAUGCCAUAAUUAUUUUAAUACCCUAUGAUUGAUAUGCAGAUAAAAACCUUUUUAGAGCUGAUUUUAUUAAUUUAUAACAAAAUCUUGCAGCACACUUGCCAACUUUGUGUGACAUAUCAGUAUAUGACUCACUAUCCUGGUAUAUACUUCUUGUAAAAAUAAUUUAAAAAUUGUAAUUAUUUUCAACAUUUAAACUUAAUUUUUAAUUAUUUUAUAUAGUGACAACUAGUGUGAUUAACAUUAAUAUUGUGGAUGAUAUUAUAUUAUCAUAUUAUAGUGGAUGAUAGAAGCAGGGGCAUCAGUUAAUGCAACUCAAACUGAUGGCUUCACCCCACUUCACACGGCUUCCUGCCUCGGUCACACAGAAGUCUGUAGAGCACUGGUAGAAGGAGGAGCAGAUAUAAUAUCACAUCUUGAUCAUGAUGGCUGGACACCCCUCCACACUGCUGUCUGCUAUGGUUAUAUCGAAAUUGUGGAACUUUUUAUGGAAAAUGGAGCCAACCCACGAGAGGUCACACUUUCCCAACUUGAUAGUCCACUGCACAUUGCUUGUAGUAAAGGAAAUGUGGAGAUUAUAGAUGUGAGUAGUAUCUAGAAUUCAGUUUUUUUCUUUCUUUUUCAAUGCUUAAUAAAUUUCCCUAAUCUCUAAUUUGCAUUUCUUUUUGAUAAAAGUAAAAGUUUAUUUGCUCAAAAAUUUUAUCAGAAGUUCUAAAUUUAAUUUAAAAAAUAGUCUAUUAAAUUUUAGUCACAGCUCCAAUUUUGAAGAAGCAGAUUUAACAAAACUCUAAUUUUUUUUUUCUUAAGUGUUUCUCUUACUUCAUUUUGUUCUUUUAUUCCUAGCUUUGUCAUGUAAGAUCUUCCUUGCAUUGUUGCCAUUUUCUGUUGAAAGAGCCUUUUAAUCAUCCUAAUCCUAGUCCUAGACUGAAAUGUGUUGUUUUUUUAAAGUUAGAUUUUUUAUAUCCCUUCUAUUUUAACUGCUCAUAAUAAGAUAACCGUAAUAAAUUACAUCUUAAUUGUACAAAAUAUUUGUUAAAUAUACUGGUAGUUUUAUUUAUUUUUAAUCCUCCUCCAACAGCAGACCCAAAAUUUUUAAAAUGUUUAGACCAGUGUUUUUCAAACAUUUUUUAAGUUUGGCGGACCAAUGGAUAAGUUUCCCAAUGAACCAGGAACCGGUGCCAGAUUUAUUAAUUAUUUAUCGUUUUAUUUUACCUAAAAUAUCUCAAAAAAUAUGUUUAACACAUGACCUGCCAAUGCAGGAUGAGUGAAUAAGUAUUACCAUUUGAUUCUAGCUGUUACAAGUUUUGUUAUUGAAAUGUCUGCUUUACUUUAGCUUUUAUCAUGUUUCUUGUCUCAUGUUGUAAGGAGCACCGUUUUUGGAAACGGUGAUGUAGACUAAAUUUAUUUCUUAGGUCAGUCAAAGAUCAGGGAACCUUAGGCUUCUGUAGAAUCAUAGUAAAGUGCCCUCAAUAUGACAUUUUCAGAGCUCAAUAAGAAGACAAUGAAUGGAAAUUCUAUAGUAACGGUAUUAAUAUAUCUAGGACGUUCCUACUCAUUCGUAAUUUCCAAUCCUGACAAUUUUGAAUAUGAAUCUAGAGAUGAGACACAUAAGACUUUUUCAGGAAAAAAUACUUCUUGUGACUAGUAGAACAGGCAUUGUGAAUUUUAAAAAUAUGUUUGGAGCAAUAUAAACUGUACAUUGACAUUUUAGUCUAUUAAAUUCUAUAUGAAAUUCGGCAGAUCCAUUCCUCGACUUCAUAAUGUGAGCAAACACUGUGUGGAUUUGGACAUGGUGUUGGGAUGUGAUUUACGGGAUAUAGACUAGAUAGUUCUGAAUUUAUCUGAACAUCUCAUUUAGCUUAGUGUCUUUCUGAAUUAUUUAUUUUUUGACAGCCAUGAAAAUAGCAAAAGCCCAGUCCCGAUGCAUAAUUUGGCUCAGGGCAAUUCCACUGAAAAACAGUAGAAAAACAAAGACAUUUCAGACAAUAAGCAAGAGAACAAAUACCUACAAAGAAGUGUCCCAUUAUGACCAUAAAGACCCAAUGUGACUAUUGCAUGUCCCAUUAUGACCAUGAAGACCAAGUAUGGCUGUGUCAUGUCGCAUUACGACCAUAAAGACCCAGUAUGACUAAGGCGUGGCUUAAGCCCUCAGCCAGGGUAUGUAACAUCAAUGGCCCCUGCAAAAUUCAAUUUAUCCCAAGGCCCGGCACCCGCCUAAUGCUGGCCCUGGAGGAUAUAUUAUUCAUGAUUUCUUUCUCCGUUUACAUGGUAGUGUCAUAGUGUCACAUACAUCCAUACCGAUUCAAAUUAUUGAAGUUAUUUUUAUUAUUUCUUAGAGAUCUAUUUGUUGUAUUUGCUAAUCCCUUUUGAUGAAACUCGUGAUCUCAUUUUAGCACAUUUUUUGUUUGGAAAUUGAAGUUUAUUUAAAUUUCAGCUAUUACUGAAGAAAGGCGUUCCAAUAGAAGGAGUAAAUUACUACGGUGCUACCCCAUUAUAUACAGCUGUGUGCUACAAUCAAGGCUACUCUGCAUAUUAUCUUAUCAAGGCUGGAGCCAAUGUCAAUGCAAAGAAUUCUGAGGGUAUCUUAAUUUAUUAAUAUACACAAAGUUUUAACAUCGCAACUGAAUUAAAUCGUAUUUAAAAUUAAUAUAUGUCACUGUAGAUUUUUUAAAUAACUUUUUGACAGACUGUGAUGGUAAUUUAUUUGGUGGAUUUCUACCAACCAAAUACUUAUACUUAUUGUUUAACUAGUUUGCUGCUACUAACCAAAUACUUAUUGUUUAACUAGUUCGUUGAAUUUCUUGAUCCAGGGAAAACUUCAGUCUACAGUGCCGCUCUCCAUUCAGAGAUGGAAACCUUACAGGCACUCAUCCAGGCCGGUGGCCGGAUCACUAAGGAUGUGCAGCUUCCCCUGGGCCACAACCUUGAAUUUGACACUGGCCCACAAUCUCUCACAACUCUGUGCUUUUUGCUUGUACGUCAGAUGCUAGCACCAAAUUUGCAGAGGAAUGCUAAAUUAUUACCUAUCCCUGAGGUAUUAAAAAGAGCCCUAGUCAUGAAUGAUUUAAAACUUCGUACAUCUCACAGGCAUUGUGAUAGUGAGGUCAUUAGUUCAGAUGAUGCUGCUCAAAGUAAUGAUUUGCAUACACUGAUUUGGGUAUCUAACAUUACAUAACGGUAUUAGCUUUUGUCUUCGGUAUUUGUUGUAAGUUGUAACCAAUUGAAAAGUGACACGUUAAAUGUUGAGGACUACAUUAAGUGUAUGCCUUAAAACAUUUCAAUUGUUAAUAACCGAGUUUCAUUAUGUUAUAUAAGCCAAAGCUCCAUUCUGUUAGUCAAUUGUCCAGCUUUUAUCAGGAUGAAAUGAUCUUUGUCUUUUUUUUCCCAAAUGAUUGCUAUCAUUGAUAUUUGGUUUAUGAUUACCUAAUACAUCAACUACUGAAUGCAGGCUAGCCCUGCUGUUUGUGACUAGAAGUUUCCUGGAUACAAUGUUCUUACUUGCAAUAUUUUAUUUAAAAAUCCUCUUUGAUUUCUGGCAUGAAAACUCCCUACAACUACAGCAUUGUUGCCAGUGCCUUAGCAGAAACCCUUUACUUUAUGGAGAGACAAGCAUCCUUAACUCUCAUCAGCUCAAAGUGUUUAUGUUCACCCAAACUGGCCACUGGGAUGUACAAGCUGGGAUUAUUUGAUUUCUGGUUUAUUAAUGAAAUACAUUUGAGCUUUAAUUACUAUUACUUGUUUUUAUUUUAAGUCUUUCAUUUUUUAAUACUAUAAAAUACUAACUGGGUUGUUCUACAAAGUUGGAUUGUUACUCAACAAAUGUAGUUUUUCAAGAUCUUCUCUAAACAGGGCAACUCAAUAACUAGUGUUUGAAAAGUAUACAUUCAAAUAUAGGGCAAUAACUAGUGUUUGAGCAGUACACCGGUACAUUCAAAUAUAGGGCAAUAACUAGUGUUUGAGCAGUAUACAUUCAAAUAUAGGGCAAUAACUAGUGUUUGAGCAGUACACCAGUGCAUUCAAAUAUAGGGCAAUAACUAGUGUU